UUUUGGCUUUCUGAAAGUGGAAUGCUCAGACGCUGCUCGGUGACGUCACAGAGAGGCACGUCAAGUCAACUUCGAAUGGCUGGCCCUCGUGUCCUGUGCCCAAUGCAGGACCAAACCGGAGCUGUCACGGAAAGGAAUAGGAUACCAUCGCCUGGCAGUUCCGAAACAACCGGCGACGUUGGACAAAACUAAUUCAAGGGUUCUAAAAUUCCUUCGCAAUAACGGCAAACGGAGAACAUGCCUGUUGGGAUCUUACAACAACACAGGGAUGAGACCACGUUGAUUCGUUGCGCUGUCUGAAAUGCCUCUCGGUCACCUUCGGAAUUAACGGACGACUUGCGCGCGUGCCUCUGACGGAUAGGCUUCAAAGCCGCCUCAUUAUAAACACGUUCGUCUACAGUAUUAAAACUGGCAUCACAAGCAAUAACAACGGCUCCCUCUUGAAUCUACAAGCAGCACAGAUCAAUGAAGAAUGCAGGAGCGUUUCGGAGUGCUGUCCACCCGGAGUUAAUGAAGUCGGCGGCGAUAUCAUGCGUCUUCUGCCCGACCCCAGCGUGCAGUCACUGCGACUCAUAUUCCUCCUAAUAUUCGUCAUGGGGGUAGCGCCGUCGCCAGCCCUGACCGCGGGUUGCCCUGACCGCUGUGUGUGCGACGACCAGCUCGUGGUCCAGUGCGCGGGCCAGGAUCUCACGCAGUUCCCCUCCGAUCUCCCGCUGGCCACGCGGCAACUUAUCAUAUCCAACAACAAGAUCGGGGACCUGCCGGCUCUGCAGCUCAACUACCUGUCCGACCUGGUGUACCUGGACUGCAGCAAUAACUCGCUCACCGAGAUCUCGGAGUCUACGUUCGGCAACCUGCGCAAACUUGCCUAUUUGGACCUGUCCUUCAACACUCUGACUCAGAUCGAGGACCGGACGUUCGGGCCACUGGCCAGUCUUGUCAUGCUCAGAAUGACGGACAACCCUGGACUAUCAGAGAUCCACCCGGAUGCUUUCUCUGAAAACGUGGCGCUGCAAGUGCUGGACGUCAGCCGCAACAACCUGACUGCGCUGAACAUUAGUUCCCUCAUCGCGUUGCCUGCUCUCCGGUCCCUGGGCCUGAGCGGGAACCCCUGGCGUUGUGACUGCGACACAGAGGACCUCUGUCUAUGGAUUCAGAUCGAGGGAUUCAAGUUUCAGGACGAGGGCCAGACGGUGUGCUCGGGCCCGGUGGACAUGGUGGGCCAGCGGCUGGCGGAGGUGGGCCUGCAGCUGCGCGCGGACUGCCACCAGGGCCUGGGCUACUGGGACUACCUCUUCUUCAUUGCCAUCGGCUUCGUCAUCUUCUCGGCGGGCACCGUGUCCGCCUGGGUGAUGGGCGUGCUCAUGGUGCUCUACGAGCGCUACAGCAAGCGCAAGAGCGAGGAACUGGACAGUGACGACGAGGAGGACCACGGAGGUGGAAGAGGAGGAGGUGGAGGUGGAGGUGGAGGAGGAGGUGGUGGUGGUCUGGGGAGCAAUCAUGGCAACGGGGACCUCAGCAAACCGGGCAUGCAGGUGUGAGUGAGGUGGGGGGAGGUGUGAGGAGGUGAGAGGAGAGGAGCAAGUGAGGCGUUGCCUUGCGUGGUGUGGGGGUGGGAGAGGAGAGGAGAGGGGAGGUGAGGAGGAGAUGUGGUGUGUGUGUUGGAGGGGGGUGGGGUGGGGGGGGGUGUUGGAUAACUCCUACCUCUACCCUGACCUGAACUUUCAACCCCCCCACACCCCCACCCCAC